GUGCCUGCUCCUGCUGCCCAGUGGCUGGAGCCCAGGUGCCGGCGGGCAGGAAGCGCCGGAGGAUGCACUGCUGGCCGCUGUUCUUGCUGUGGGGGCUGCUCCCCUGGACAGGGGCGGGGGGCUCGGGCCGUUCCUUCCCUCACCACACAGUCCUGGACUCGGAGGGCAAGUACUGGCUGGGCUGGGGCCAGCAGGGCAGCCGGCUUGCCUUCCGCCUCGAGGUGCGCACCGCCGGCUAUGUGGGCUUCGGCUUCUCGCCCACCGGGACCAUGGCCGCAGCAGACAUCGUCGUGGGCGGUGUGACCCACGGGAGACCCUACCUCCAGGAUUAUUUUACAAAUGCAAAUAAAGAGUUGAAAAAAGAUACUCAGCAAGAUUACCACCUGGAGUAUGCCAUGGAAAACAGUACACACACAAUAAUUGAAUUUACCAGAGAACUGCAGACAUGUGACCUAAAUGACAAGAGCAUAACGGAUAGCACGGUGAGAGUGAUCUGGGCCUACCACCAGGAAGAUGUGGGAGAAGCCGGCCCCAAGUACCAUGAUUCCAAUCGAGGCACCAAGAGUCUGCGAUUAUUGAAUCCUGAAAAAAACAGCGUGCUGCCUACAGCCUUACCAUACUUUGACCUAGUGAAUCAGGACGUCCCCAUCCCAAACAAAGGUACAACGUAUUGGUGCCAAAUGUUUAAGAUUCCUGUGUUCCAGGAAAAGCAUCAUGUGAUUAAGGUGGAGCCAGUGAUACAGCGGGGCCAUGAGAACCUGGUCCACCACAUCCUGCUCUAUCAGUGCAGCAGCAGCUUCAAUGACAGUGUCCUGGACUAUGGCCACGAGUGCUACCACCCCAACAUGCCCGACGCCUUCCUCACCUGCGAGACUGUGAUUUUUGCCUGGGCCAUUGGUGGAGAGGGUUUUUCCUAUCCACCUCAUGUUGGAUUAUCCCUUGGCACUCCAUUAGAUCCUCACUAUGUGCUUCUAGAAGUCCACUAUGAUAACCCGACACAUAAGAAAGGCUUAAUAGAUAGUUCUGGGCUAAGGUUAUUUCAUACAAUGGAUAUAAGGAAAUAUGAUGCUGGGGUGAUCGAAGCUGGCCUCUGGGUGAGCCUUUUCCAUACCAUCCCUCCAGGGAUGCCUGAGUUCCGGUCCGAGGGUCACUGUACUCUGGAAUGCCUACAGGAGGCUCUGGAAGCUGAAAAGCCAAGUGGAAUCCACGUGUUCGCUGUUCUUCUCCAUGCUCACCUAGCUGGCAGAGGCAUCAGGCUGCGUCAUUUUCGCAAAGGGGAGGAAAUGAAAUUACUUGCUUAUGAUGAUGACUUUGACUUCAAUUUCCAGGAGUUUCAGUAUCUAAAGGAAGAACAAACAAUCUUACCAGGAGAUAACCUAAUUACUGAAUGUCGCUACAACACCAAGGAUAGAGUCGGGAUGACUUGGGGAGGUCUGAGCACUAGGAGUGAAAUGUGUCUCUCAUACCUUCUUUAUUACCCAAGAAUUAAUCUUACCCGAUGUGCAAGUAUUCCAGACAUCAUGGAACAACUUCAGUUCAUCGGUGUUAAGGAGAUCUACAGACCAGUCACGACAUGGCCUUUCAUUAUCAAAAGCCCCAAGCAGUAUAAAAACCUUUCUUUCAUGGAUGCCAUGAAUAAGUUUAAAUGGACUAAGAAGGAAGGCCUCUCCUUCAACAAGCUUGUCCUUGGCCUGCCAGUGAACGUGAGAUGUUCUAAGACAGACAACGCGGAGUGGUCGAUUCAAGGAAUGACCGCCUUACCUCCGGAUAUAGUCAGACCAUACAAAGCAGAACCUCUGGUGUGUGAAAGGUCUUCCACCUCUUUUCUGCACAGAAAUUUCUCUCUGAAGUUGCUCAUAUGUUUUACGUUACUUGGCAGCAUGCUGGGCACCGAGUGCUUAUGA